AUGUGUGAGAGCAGAGCGGUUGAGAGCGGGAAGGUGCACCGGAAGCUGUUUGAUGCUCAGGUGUGUGAGAUUCAGGUCAGGACCAUCAGUCUGGAGCUGCUGUCCUCUCUGCAGGAUGUGGACCUCAGGUUGAACACCUUGAGGGACAGAGUGGAUCACCUGGAUCUCGUCAGUGUUCAGGAGGUGGAGGAGGAGGUGAAGCUGAAAAAGACUAGAAUAAUGGAACUGAAGCUUAAACUGACGGACUCUGAGACUCAACGAACCAACGAGAUCAGAAUUGUGCUCAGGAAGUACCUCCUCCUGCUGGAGAACAUCGGCUUCCUGCCUUCACCUGACGUCUGCAGACUGAUCCACACCGAGGCCACGAUGCUGAACCAUUCUCUCCUGGCGAACCGUCGCAGCACCGCCCGCCUGCUGCUGCUCCUCCAGGAGGAGAACCUGCAGCAGGAGGCGCUCCUCCGGCUGCACCUUGAGGACCGCCUGAGCCGCUGGAGAAGGAGCCGGGUCACGGAGGUCAUAGACCGCUUCAGGAAUCUCUGCAGCGGCGGCGAGCAGCCGCAGCUGGUCUCAGGUCAGCUGGUUCAGGAGAAAGGACUUCUGACUGAACAACGUGAUGACAUCAUCUCUCAGAUCUGCUCGCUGGUCCCGCCCUCCUGCUCCACUGCUCUGGCCUGUGAUUGGUUCAACCAGCUGACAGCCGUCAACCAACAGAUCGAUACUCUGCAUGGGCUGCUCCUCCAUCAGCUGCGAUGUGCUUAUGAAUUCACCUGGGCGGACCGGCUCCUUCAGGUGAAGCUCUGUGAGGAGGAGCUCUCCUCUCUCCAGCUCUCAGAGGAGCAGAUGAACGACGUCGUCGGCUCUCAGCUCCUCGCUGUGAUUGGAAAAAGCCAGAGUCAGGACGAAGAGCGAUUGGCUGCUUUAGACCGGUACUGUGACUCUGUGGCCCAUCAGGCCGUCAGUCUCAGCAGGUGUGUGUUCGUUGUGAUGCGAGGAGCAGCGUUGCUAUGGGAGACGCACAGCCAGAUGUUAGAAAGGAGGCGAGAACAAGUGCAGCAACACCUGGACCAACUCACACACUCACAGCAGCAACACACACAGAGCCAGAAGGUGCACCUGGACAACCUGCUGUGUGCACUGCGUCAGGAGAGCAGUGAGGAGGCUCUGAAGACGACUCUGGACACCACGGAGAGCUACCUGCAGGAGCUGAAACACAGCUGCAGAGGUGUCUCUGAUCAGUGGGAGGUGUUGGCUCAUCUCCCUUCUCUCCUCCUGGAGGAUCUCCUCUCCUACAGCAAGAGCCUCAGCUCCUUUUACCACCUCAACCACACCUACACACUGACUCCAGAAGAACUGCAGAACCUCCACCCAGCCUCCACCCAGCCGGAACACAGUGAGGCAGCGGAGGUACAGACACCAGAGAAGAUGAUUGAGGAGAAAGAGUCAGACUCCGCCCAGCCCUCUCACGAUUGGCUGACCGAGGCAGAAUCCUGUCUGCUGGAUCUCAGCGACAUCAGCGGUGAUGUCACGUUCAAAUCAUCCAGGGGUGUGGCCUAUAGUGGCCCCGCCUUCCGAUGCCCCGCCCCCAACCUGGUGGACGACCUGCAGCUGGAAGAACAACUGAGCCUGUUUAAUGGGGAGCUGCUCACACACACACUGGGCAGGAUGAGAACCUUGUUCUUCGAUCACCUGGAGCAACAUUUCCAUGACGUCCUCAGCUCGGCCGUCGCUAUGGUGACGGCCAGGAAGGAAGCGGCUAGUUCGGAGCAAGAACUUCACUUGAAGGAGUUGAACCCCCAAAACAUCCAGACCCACAUAUACCAGCCACGCCUGGCUGAGCUUCAGCUCCACAGACAGCAGGUGGAUGCUCACCUUGAGGAGGUCUCUGGCGCGUUGACCUCCUGCCGGGUGGAGCUGCAGCAGCUGCAGAGCUCCCUGAGCAGCCGGCAGCAGGAGGUCAGCCGGCGUCUGUCCCACAUGGAGGACGACGUCCUGGCAGCCGGCAGCAGUCCACGGCUGCAGGCGGUGAGCUCCACCCUGCAGGACUGUCUGGAUCAGCAUAUCAAACACACCCAGCGCUGUCAGACCACCUUCAGACGGACAGUUCACGACAGACUGGAGCAGGUUCGGUGCAGAAGAAGCCGGCUCCUCAACUCCUUCAGGUUGUUUAGUGAAGGAGGUGGCUUUGCUCCUCAGGAGGUGAAGUUGUUUCAGGCGAGGCUGAAGGAGGAAACCAAACGGAUCAUUUUGACGGAGGACUCCAUUUACUCUGAGUUGGAGGGGUUUGAAUCCAAGAGCUUGAAGCAGGUUGGAGCUUUGACCUCUGUCUCUUCAUGUCGGUCACUGGCUCAGUUUAUACUUCAUCUGGAGCUUUGCUUCCUCCUCCAGCUGAAGGAGGCGUCGGCUCCUUUAGAGGAGAAACUCUACCUCCUCAGAUCUGAGGUGGAGUUCAUGGAGAAGAUCAAGAAAAUAUGGAGCAGCACACAAGUUCACAUCAAGGCUGAGGCACCUUCUGUCUGUCUGUCUGACUCUCUUUACUGA